ACCACAUAGAUCAUUCACACAUGCAUCAUAGAAUUAUUCACAACAUAAAUCAGAUAUAUUUCUUUCAUGAUACGCUGCACCUACAUUUCCAGAUCACGUGUCAGGUGGUUGCAUCCAUUGUUGUAACCUUGUAGUUGUGAGGACCUCUGUGGUGCUGAGUAUUAAGUUUGAAACUGUUUCCCUAAGAGCAUUGUUGAAAAAAUGAACCUGUGUAUGCACAAAAAUGCCAUUUGCUGCACAAGCUUGAGAUGUUUUGCAAGUAUAACCUGGAAGGGCACAGAGAAAGGUUUCAGCACUGCAAUUUUGGACCGUAAGAAAUCUCCAAAUCGAUUGGUUGUGGAUGAAGCUACACAAGAUGAUAAUUCAGUUGUGUCUCUUAAUUUCCAAACAAUGGAAACCCUGCAUUUCUUUCGGGGUGAUACUAUCCUUAUUAAGGGGAAAAAGAGAAAGAAUACUGUUUGUAUUGUUGUGGGUGAUGACUUUUGUGAAGCACAUAAAAUCAGAAUGAAUAAAGUUAUUAGAUCAAAUUUGAGAGUAAGAUUAGGGGAUGUGGUCUCUGUUCAUCAAUGCACGGAUGCUAAAUAUGGCAGACGUGUCCAUAUUUUGCCCAUUGAUGAUUCAAUUGAGGGAAUUUCAGGCAACCUGUUUGAUGUCUACUUGAAACCUUAUUUUAUGGAGGCCUAUCGUCCAGUAAGAAAAGGUGACCUUUUCCUUGUACGAGGAGGGAUGCGAAGUGUGGAAUUUAAAGUCAUUGAAACAGAUCCUGGUGAAUAUUGUAUUGUUUCUCCAGAUACUGAAAUUUUUUGUGAAGGAGAGCCCAUAAAUCGUGAAGAUGAGGAGCAAUUGAAUGAAGUUGGUUAUGAUGAUGUCGGUGGUCUUAGAAAGCAAAUGGCACAGAUCAGGGAACUAGUCGAACUGCCCCUUCGACACCCACAGCUUUUUAAAGCUAUUGGUGUUAAACCUCCAAAGGGAAUUUUACUUUAUGGUCCUCCGGGUACAGGAAAAACCCUCAUUGGUAGAGCAGUUGCAAAUGAGACGGGGGCCUUUUUUUUCUUAAUUAAUGGACCGGAGAUCAUGUCAAAACUUGCUGGUGAGAGUGAAAGCAAUCUCAGAAAGGCUUUUGAGGAAGCAGAGAAGAAUGCUCCUUCUAUCAUUUUCAUUGAUGAGAUUGAUUCUAUAGCUCCAAAAAGGGAGAAAACAAAUGGCGAGGUAGAGAGACGCAUUGUAUCUCAACUCUUGACAUUGAUGGAUGGUCUGAAAUCUCGAGCUCACGUCAUAGUCAUGGGUGCAACUAACAGGCCUAACAGUAUUGAUCCUGCUCUUAGAAGAUUCGGCAGGUUUGAUCGUGAGAUUGAUAUUGGCGUCCCAGAUGAAAUUGGUCGUUUAGAGGUGCUUCGUAUCCACACAAAGAAUAUGAAGCUAGCUGAAGAUGUUGAUCUUGAACAUGCUGCAAAAGAUACACAUGGUUAUGUUGGGGCUGAUCUUGCAGCACUUUGCACUGAAGCUGCCCUACAGUGUAUUAGGGAAAAAAUGGAUGUGAUUGACUUGGAAGAUGAAACAAUUGACGCUGAAGUUCUGAAUUCUAUGGCCGUUACAAAUGAGCACUUUAAGACUGCUUUGGUAUCCACCAACCCCUCUGCUCUUCGAGAGACAGUUGUAGAAGUGCCAAAUGUUUCUUGGGAGGAUAUCGGUGGUCUGGAAAAUGUGAAGAGAGAGCUUCAAGAAACUGUGCAAUAUCCUGUGGAGCACCCUGAGAAAUUUGAGAAAUUUGGCAUGGCUCCUUCUAAAGGUGUCCUAUUUUAUGGACCACCUGGUUGUGGUAAAACACUAUUAGCAAAGGCCAUUGCCAAUGAGUGUCAGGCAAACUUUAUUAGUGUGAAGGGUCCAGAAUUACUAACAAUGUGGUUUGGAGAAAGUGAGGCCAAUGUGCGGGAUAUUUUUGAUAAGGCCAGGCAGUCAGCACCCUGUGUCCUAUUUUUUGAUGAGCUUGAUUCAAUUGCUACUCAGCGUGGUAAUAGUUCUGGAGAUGCUGGAGGUGCAGCAGACAGAGUUUUGAACCAGUUACUGACUGAAAUGGAUGGCAUGACUGCAAAGAAAACUGUUUUCAUUAUAGGAGCGACAAAUCGACCUGACAUUAUUGAUCCUGCUUUGUUAAGACCUGGCCGUCUUGAUCAAUUAAUAUACAUACCGUUACCUGAUGAACCUUCACGGUUUCAAAUUUUUAAAGCUUGUCUCCGAAAGUCACCUGUUUCAAGAGAUGUUGAUGUUUCAGUUCUUGCUCAGUACACAAAUGGAUUCAGUGGAGCUGAUAUUACCGAAAUUUGUCAGCGAGCCUGCAAAUAUGCUAUUAGAGAGCACAUUGAAAAGGACAUUCAACGGGAGAAGUAUAGAAGUGAAAACUCUGAGGCUAUGGAUGAAGAUGAAACUGAUAUCGCAGAAAUAAAUGCUGCCCAUUUUGAGGAAGCUAUGAAAUAUGCCCGCCGAAGUGUUAGUGAUGCAGAUAUACGUAAAUAUCAAGCUUUUGCUCAAACAUUACAACAAUCUAGAGGUUUUGGGUCAGAAUUUAGAUUUGCAGAUCAAUCAGCUGCCAAUACAGUCACAAAUGCUUUUGCAACAGCAGGAGCUGGCGAGGAUGAUGAUCUUUAUAGUUAGCUUUGUCAAGAAUUAAUUGUAUUCGGCUAUAGGGAGAGACCCUUUAUCUUAAAGCAACGACCUCCUAGAUAUAUAAACAAAAGAUUUCCCCCCUCUGCUAUAUUAAGAUAUUCUAAAUCAAAUUGGAAAAGACCUAGAGUACGAUUUGAAGGUGAUACAAAGAAUGACGUGCAGAGUAUUUUGAAGUCACAAACUUUAUUAUUUUGCAAAUUUCAAUAUAAUGAGGCUUAAUAUUGUUAAUUGAUCAA